AGUAAAUAAAUGGCGGUGUAAUGGCCAUUUCACUAAAACAGGAAAAUCCAAUCCAUCCAUACUUAAUCUGACAUUAUAAAUGAAUAUCGAUGGUGUAUCUGAAAUAUAGAGAUAUUCUUCUAAUCAUAUAAACCGCUCAAAAGACAAUAACUUUGCCGCAAGGAUGGAACUCAGGGUAGGGAACAAAUAUCGUCUUGGACGAAAGAUAGGUAGUGGAUCAUUCGGAGAUAUUUACUUAGGCACAGAUAUUACGAAUGCCGAGGAAGUGGCAAUCAAGUUAGAAUGUGUAAAAACGAAACAUCCACAGCUCCAUAUAGAGAGCAAGAUUUACAAAAUGAUGCAGGGUGGAGUUGGCAUACCAACAAUCAAAUGGUGCGGAGCGGAGGGUGACUACAAUGUGAUGGUGAUGGAAUUACUCGGACCUAGUCUAGAAGAUUUAUUCAACUUUUGUUCAAGAAAAUUUAGUCUAAAAACGGUUCUACUGCUGGCUGACCAAUUGAUCAGUAGAAUUGAGUACAUACAUUCAAAGAACUUCAUCCAUCGAGACGUUAAACCAGACAAUUUUCUGAUGGGCCUUGGUAAAAAGGGAAACUUAGUGUAUAUAAUAGAUUUCGGUCUGGCCAAAAAAUACCGUGAUUCUCGAACACAUCAACACAUACCAUAUCGGGAAAACAAGAAUCUCACUGGCACUGCUAGAUACGCCAGUAUAAACACUCAUCUAGGUAUAGAACAAAGUAGGAGAGACGACAUGGAGUCGUUAGGUUAUGUUUUCAUGUAUUUCCUUCAUGGUAGUCUUCCCUGGCAAGGACUGAAGGCCCAAACGAAACGACAAAAAUACGAACGAAUUAGUGAAAAGAAAAUGUCAACUCAGAUAGAGGAUUUAUGUCGGGGAUUUCCAGGGGAAUUUGCUACAUAUUUGAAUUUUUGUCGAUCGUUACGUUUUGAUGACAAGCCAGACUAUUCAUACUUGCGGCAACUCUUCCGGAGUUUAUUCCAUCGACAGGGCUAUACGUAUGACUACGUAUUUGACUGGAACAUGUUAAAAUUCGGUGGAAGUCGGGGCCAUGACGAGGAGAGAGACCGACGAGAUGGCCGCCACCACGUACACAGCUCAACAACACGAGCGAUACAGGGCACAGCAAGCAAAUUACGUGGUGCAGACCAAGGAGCGGGUGCGAUGGGGAGCCCGGCGGCCGAUUAUGGUGCAACGUCGCCACGACCUAUCUCCCGAGCAGAGCGCGAGAGACGAGUUAGUAUGAGGUUACAUCGUGGCGCCCCUGCAAACAUGACUCCCGAUCUCCGAAGUGAUCCCACGCGUGUGUCGUCAUCUAACAUCCCAAGUGGUGGUUAUCCCACUGGCCGGCGUGGAUCAGCAUCAAAAGAUGCGGACUUGGCAGGACGCUCAACUUCAUCAAGACAUUUCAAAAAGUGACGACAAUUUCCAUACUAGUAGACUGUGAAAGAGCAGCGAUAGUUUCCUCCGAUUCCAACCUCGUUCCCAGUGAUGCUCAUUCCAAAUGAUGGCCUGCAUGUCGCAUACUCUGAGGUUUUGUGUUAGCCAGGGACGAGGUUGAUUGUAUAUAUUUGAAUGGAAGAGCACAAUUUGACCAUGUGCGGAUAGCAUGUCAUAGUGAGUUGUGAGUGUGUGUUAACUGGAGCACUUUGAAUGCACAUUAAAGGAUUAAGACUUAUUCGAUCGGCAUGUAAAAAGUCCCCAACCGAUGAAGCAUGGAUCAGUGACUUGUGCCAGAAUGUGGGUGGGACUGCCGUGCUAAUACUCUUAGUCAAUGGAGUGUCGCCAAACAGUGACCUUGGUGGGACUAUUACAGCCAAAAGGUAUUCUUGUGAUAAAUCUUGCUGUGGAGUAGCGGGACAAUCUGUGCUCCUUUUGCGCGGGCCGACAUCAAUGUCUUUCAGACGGACUUGUGUUACGAUGACAUAUUACCUGGGGUCAUGUCAUACUGCCAUCAUGGGCCUUUGAGAACUGAUAUCCAAGUCAUAGAGUCCCGUAGCUAAGGGUGACUCUUCUGUACAUAUUUUGUUAACAUGUACAAAGCAACCUUGUUUCGUUCUGUAUGGCUUCUGUAGCAUGCUGCGUGUUGAUAUCAGCAUUCAGCUUGAGAGAUCCAGAAAUGACACCCCUGGUGCAAUGCCAAAAGGUGUAGGAAGUUGUGUUGCAGUGGCGACUAUCUAAAGACAUUUCAUUAGUUUCAGGGUAACUUGGGUUACUAGUGACAAGUCUUUAGCGCCAGGCGUGCGAUUUUUGGAUCUGUUAAUGUGGAACACGCCUUGAAGCACUAAAUGUGGCUUGAUGUGUCCAUAGAAUGAAGGAAAUGGAUGGGCAGCACAUGUUUGAAAACGCACAGUUCAACACGUGUUUGUCCAUGGAAAAAAAUGGUUUCUCAGAAAAAUUGUAUAUUUUGAUUGUAGUGGUGUACUAUAAAUAAUCUAAAAUUCUGCCAAAAUAUAGGUUUUUGGACAAUUUGUACAGUUUUUGUUGGAUGUAUUAUACCAAAGACCUUUAAAAUUGUUUAAUUUACCAGUUGGUCUAGUUUUCUUGUUUCCAUGGAAACUACCAAGUCAUUUCCAUGGCAACUUGAGGUCAAACAUGUAAACAUGUAGUCUGCUGCUUGCUGCUUGCUCACAAAGUGUUAACCAAAACUGCUUCUCAUUCUAUGACAAGGUUUCAUGUGCUAUCAUUGUCAAUCUUGCUCCCAGGAGACAUGGUGAUCCAAAGCUCCUAGAAACAAGGUUGUCAAACUUGUGUGAUGUCUGAUAGGUGCUUCAGCUUCUUGUUUCACCGAUUAUUCUAGUCCAAACCUUGUAUCCAGGUGGCUUCGCUAUUGCUAUGUAGAAUUCCUGGAAAGAGGUUUUAGCAACUAAUAGUUGUGAUGUAUAUCGGAAAGAAUAUUUGAGUUGGACUUCAGAGGUGUUUACACUUUGAAUAAAUCAACCUUUAACAACCCUGACUUGACCUCGGCCAUCUCUAACUGCACGCGAAAAAACUGACCAUAAUCAAAAUUGAUUGCUUUCAGUACUGUUCCAUUUCCUGAUCUCCAAACGCUAGGGAGCCUUUUGUCCAAGGGUAUCUGUGCAGAAAAUGUGGAAAAGUGGGUAAUAAAUGGUAUAAGAGAUGAUUGGAGGAUAUUGGAGAAGUGCAUUUGGUGCAGGAUGAGAUUUGGUCAUUCUGAAAGCUGGUUGUGACUUGAGAUUAUGGUUUGAGACAAGUCCUUUUGCCUAUGUUCUCCAUGGAUGGAGUUCAGUUACCUAAAGUAGAACAUCCUGACAUCUUUUCUAUCCCCUGUUACUCCUAUGUUCAUAGACAUUGUAUCAUAAAGGGGCUGUAGUAUUUUUGUGUUGUAGGGGUCUAUUAAUCUCUUGGGUAUGUGUUGUGGACCCUAAUUGAUGUUAUGAUUGGGGUUAAGAUUUCAUUGGUUAUUAUUUGCUCCAUUUGUGUCGAGGUGAUACUGUUGAAAGCUCCAUUGUAUCUCAUUUUAAAAGCAGCAAUUUCAUUCAUAUAACGGUGGUAAUGAUAAGGGUCACCCUCUUCACACUGUUUACCCCUCCUUAGAGAGGUGUCACGAGGGACUGAGCCUCAACAUGACAUCUAAGUAUGUAUAAGAACUUCCAGUUGUUAUAUUGUAGAUUACUCCCUGUAUUCCCUGGGUCAGUAUUGUAUUGUUGACUCUCAAGAUAAUGGAAGAUUUCAGUCUUAUUGUGGGCAGUUCAUUUAUUCUUUGUCCACAACACUUUACAGUAUCUUCAUGGUAAUUGGUUUGGUGAAAAGAGAAGGACCGUUUCCUUCAUGGAACAUUCCAAAGCCCGCUUUAUUUCUGACUUCAUAUAUACUGUUUAGAUGUUGUCAACUGUAGGUGGUAAACUCUCCAUGCUGUUCUGGACAUGCUGAAAAGUGCAAGUGUGGGACAAUUGGGAAGGGGGGGGGGGGUGAAUGCAGUCAUGUGUAGUAUUGUACAUUUUUGGCCAUGGAUGGCAGUUGAGUUUCAGCGCCAAUGUCUGCUUGCUUUGAAGCUGAGUUUUGUGUGAUUUCAGGCCUCUGACUGUGUGAAUCUCACAAUCAUUGUGGCAGGGUUGGGAAGAUGUAUAAUUUAUGGAAUAUGUCAUCUAUAAUCCCUUGUACAGUAACCAGCACGCCAAUGACAUAUUUUGAAUUGUGAAUAUUUUGAUGUGUAAUACCACAAAUGGUUUGAAUGAAAUGUUUGGUUUUGAUGUCACUUGUGUUUGAUUGUAUUCACUCAUUCACGCCAUUAUCCAGUUAACCCCUACCGGACUUCGAGCAUUGCAACAUUUUAUAAAAUAGAGCAUACAUGAAGUAUGCUUCACAGGUUGAAUGGUAGAACUCUGUCCACUGUCAAACAGUGUUUGUAGAGUUGAGGGGGGGGGGGGGAUUCACUGUUACUGGACAUGGCUAUGAUAUUCUGUUAUGAUUCUGAUGCCGUAUAUAUCCAAUAGCGUCAUCAUUUCGGCGUAUCUGCUGCUACCUCGUCCCUAGGUUUCAAAAUAUGGACUGUGGGAACAGGGUUGAUUACAUUGACAGAAAUGAUAACUGUGUACAAAUGUAUUUAUUGGCUUAGAUAUUAAUAAAUGAUUUGUUGUCACUGUUUUAUGUUUAGCUGUGGAAUUGAAUGACCCUGUUUUGAAAUAAUCCCAACAUUUUGAGCUGCUGGAACUAUUUAGUGGAUGUCUCAUCAAAGGAGUCCAAAUUAUUCCGAAAAACAUAAAUAAUUAAAUUUGGUAACCAUGCAGAUUUCGUCAUUGGUUGAAUGAUGUUCAUUGUCACUGAACACAUUAGGUAUUUCAUCAGAAUGUCUCCUCUGCCCUCAUGCCAGUGUGGAAUAACAACCAAAUCUGUGGUGGUCGUCCAUUCAAUACAUAAUCACAAGAUGGCGAUUUGUUAUGCUUAACAUUAUGUCACAUUGAUGUGACUGAAAUAUACCCCUGAUGAUACCCACCCCACUCUGGUGAUUAUGUAUUAUGGACAAUUCCCCGAGGCCAGACUUGUGCUGACCUCUACUGGUUUGUCAGUGUAAUUCAAACUAGCCACUGUCCAGUUCAUGUUUGUGUGCAUAAUUUUUUAUUUCAUAAAUUGUACCGAUAUUGUUAUCAUAAUAAAACUGUAAAGUAAACUGGU